GGCCACUUCUCUUCCACGACCACGAUGGACGCAGCGCUACCAGAGGAAAUCCUCCGUGAAAUUCUAUCGCACAACAUACAAAUUUCACAUGUCAAAUUUCACCGCUUCUACUACGGCAACUGGGGGUACCCCAUGUCACCACCAAUAUCUCGCUGCAGCAAUCUCCUCCUCGUCUCCAAACGCUGGCUCCGCAUCGGCACCCCGCUGCUCUACGAAUGCGUCAGGCUCUCAAAUUCAGAGCAUACCACCACCGUUGCCAACCUUUUGCGCACGCAUCCACACGUCGGCCUAGCUGUUCGGUGCCUCAGGCUCGAAGGCGGGCUCGGGAAGGACCUGGUACACAUCGCAAAGCUUACUCCGAAACUGCACGGCAUAUAUAUUAGUUUUAGCAUCAAGUCUGUCGAUAGUAUCACAGGAUUGAAGAAAGCAUUUCCGCUUUUCCGUCCCGCCAGCUUGUAUAUCCAGGAGGAGAGCCACAUGGAGAACAAGAAGGUUGCUGAAGCGCGGACGCUUGUGCGCACGCAUAUCAAAGACGUGUGGACAUCACUGCGGUCUCUGUCCUUGUCGGACUGGUGUAAAGAUAGCAUGGAUCAACAACUAGCUGACGUGCUUGCCGAGUCCUCUAUUGAGGAAUUCGGCUGCUUGGCAUCCGAAGCAAAAUUUUGGAUUAGGUGGGGCUUGAUGAGGAGGAUCCUCGAAAAUCCGCGGCUGCAACGCAUCGUAUGCCGAGGGAUAGACGAAGAAUCGACGACGCGGGAGACUCUGCAAAAGGAAGGUUUUCCUGACGCAAUCAUCCGGAUGUUCACAUUUGUCCGCCAUAUGGCGGAGGAUGUACUGUGAGUACCGUAAGUAUGCACUGUUCCACAGAGAACUGAAGUCAUUAUCUCGUAUCCCAAUGUUUGCUGGCAUGGAUAGCGACUCUUCUGAUGAAGAGCUUUGAUAACCAUAUCGCCGCACUCGCGGCGGCCUGUCCAUGAGGCAUUACUUACGCAUACCCCACAGCAUACUACGCUGUACUACACAGCAGUUAUGCCAACUCAUUCCAGUAAGCUUUGCUAUGCUGGCCCACUUCACACUUCAUAAUAUCACCUCAUACUGCUCCCGCCACGGACCUAUCACAAUAUCGGCACAUACCCCAGGGAUUGCGCACCGCGAUCGCAGGGGACUCGGGCGCAGACUUGCCCGCACGCAUCCGUUUCACCCCUUUGUGCGCCGCAGCAAGCGUGACAAGCAACGACAGACCGUGUCGGCAGGUGCACCAAGCGCAGUGAUUAGAGAUACUACAGGGACCGCAAGUUCGAGGCCGGCUAGGCACGCGUGUACGCGAGAGGAUGGAACCUUGUACCGAGUGCAAACUGGGUGCUGGUGGUACUGCGCCAGGUCGCAUACAACAGGGUAAGGGUACCGUUCUCUGGGUCUAGGUACCAUUUGUUCAUGCAUAAUGGCGCGUGGCUCGUCAUUAUCGAGACACCAAAGCUCAUUCUGGACUGGUCACAUUGUCUAUUGUAGUCGUUAGCUGUUGCUUAGACUAGUACAGGCUCGCGCUUUGCCAUCGUAUAAUAGUAGUUUUCAAGGAUGUCCAUC